AAUCAAAUCAUAUUAUAUUUCGGGUUCUGAAUCUCUCGCUUUCAGGCUUUCUCCCUCUCACAUAAACACUCUUUGGUGGCGAAUCUUUAGAAAAGAAAGCAAAAUUUGAACAUUGAUUGGCGGGAAACUAAGGAAACGUAGCCGGUACUCUUUAAUUGUGGUUUUUCGUGAGGCUGCUAUUCUAAUUUGUAUCAAAGAAGAUGGAUAGCAGAAAUGGCGGUGGUCCCGUCACAACAAUAGGAAAAAGGCAAUCCGAUUUGAAAAAGUCUUUCAAGCUCGCCGUUCGCUCUCUUCUCACUACUUGUCCUACACAGGAAUUCAGCAAAGCGUUUCCAAAAUUUUCAAGUAUCGAGCAAGAACAUCUCCACCAGCUUUUUAUUCAGGUCAUUACCUCUUUACAUGGGAAUAUAGAGGACGAAUUUGAGUCUUUAUGCAAUGAAACACAGGUAGGAGAUGCCCUUGAUACUGUGGAGCAACUUGUGGAAGAACAAUCUCUUGACCCUUUGUCUUCAGAUAGGACUAACGUAAUGGAUGCAGUGCACAAUUUGUCAGCAGCGAAGAAAGCUGAGAUCCAUUACUUAAGAGGCCUGCUGGAAAGGGCUGAAGAACAUAAUCGGCUUAUUCAAGCUCGGGUGGACCUACUUAGGAAUAAGACACAAGAAGUCCCGGACAUAAAAGAUUUUAUUGGGAAGUUGAGAGGUGGAAUUUUAAGUUACAAGGGAACACAAAAUGUGGAGCUUUAAAUGGUCUGCAACUGGUGGGGCUGGCAAAGUGUAUCUCAGACUGCAGUGACUGAGAAGCUGCAUGGAGCGGUUAAUAGUUAAUACGUAUUUGUAGUGAGAUGGUGUUAAACCUUAAGCGUGGUUGUAAUAAGUAAAUACAUUGCGAGUUCUAAACCUACUUCUACUUGUUUGGGUAAAGCAAAAUGAUGAGUGUCGGGAUUUGGGUGAGUCGAAAGGUGUAUAGUUGGAUUUAGACGGUAAGGCCAGCAAGAAUGAAUCAAAAAAUCGCAGUGUUGGAUUGAUAUGGCCUGCUCUGCUCUUUUGUUCUUGCUCUUGCUCCUGGCUAGUUCCUACAACACAAACACAAUGGUACAACCUCUCAACUCAAGCUACCUAUGCUUGCCAUUGCCAUUGCCAUCGGAAUAUAUGUUUAUUUUAUAUGAAUGUGCAAUUGGAACCUUUUAGUAUUUGCACAUACGCCCUCCUCCCUUGGCUUCCAUUUGAGAUUCACUGUUGCUGUUGCUGUUGCCGUUGCCUGUUGGUGGUUUACACACAGUUCCAAAGUAUCAUUAGAUAUAUGAUCAUCCGGUUGCAGUGGGUGACAAUGCAUAGAUACUUUUGUCAAAGCUACAUUACUCCCGCCCAACAAAGAAAUUAAAAGUAAGCUGACAGAUGAUAAUAUGCAUUGAUGAUGUUAACAUGAACAUUUUUUGUCAAAAUUCAUAUUCAUGCAUCGAAUGGAGACUAUCUGACAGUUUUGAAAGGUCAA